GUUAGUUUUAAAAACUUUUGAUAUAUUAGUAUUUUGCAUUAUAAGCAGUCAACCGAUUGACAAACUAGAAUUAUUUGAAUUCCGUGUGGAAAGAGCUCGGGUUAAUUUCGAGUGUUAUCUGCAAUCUAGAUGUUUAUAAAUCAUUUCAGUCGUUGAUAUAAUAAUUAAAGGUCGACUGAACAUGAAUUAUAUUAUACAAUUUAAAGCGCAUUUCUGUUUAUGCACGUGAACCCGUCUAACGUUAUUUUCGCAGUUAUAUAAAGUAGCAAAUUAUCGUUCCUGAAUAGGUGGCGCCGUGGUAGCGGAUUCUGUUCCUCUUCUUCCGGUUUCUGCACUGUGCAACUAUUUCAGUUAUAUUUUUAAUUAACGAUGCCAAGUACUUGUUGUUGUGUACCUGGAUGUCAUUUAAGAGGAGGACAUGCAUUUCCAAAUGACUUAAAAAGAAGGAAAAGUUGGAUCAACGCCAUGGCCCAUACGCAGAUUGGACGAGAACACGAUGAUAUCGUGGAGUCCAUCUCAAUCAGCUGUUGUUUGCAAGGCACGUUUUACUGAAAAAGACUACGUGCUGGAAACUAUUCAUGGGCGCAAACCCACCAUACAGAGACUUAAGUCUACUGCAAUUCCCAGCCUAUUUUCAUGGACCAAGCAAGAGACUGAAUCGUCCGCAAAAAGAAAAAUCAGGGCAGUUUCCUGUGAAAACAAAAGAACUAAACUUGAUGAAUAUUGUAGUAGAAAUCUAGAGGAAAGUUUUGAUUGUAAAGUUGGUUUUCCUGAAGAAGUCAUUCAUACUGCAGAAAGGAUUUAUGACUGUCCACCACCAACUGCCGAGCUAAUGUUGAGCUUCACAGAUGGAAUUACGCAAACACCAUCAAUGCCUAUGUUUUCAGCAGAGAAUUUUGAAAUGAAGACAUGUGACACAGCCAUGCAUUUUUAUACCGGUUUAGAGUUGUAUACUAAAUUUUUAUUUGUUUUGACCACACUUGGUCCAGCAGCACAUUGUUUGAGAUACAUAUAUUUUCAAAUUGAUAGGGUGUCAGUUGAAAAUCAGUUUUUUUAUGACUUUGAUGAAAUUGAGGCAUCAUACAACCAACUUUGAACUGUCUAGAUUCUAGAUUGAAUCUAGUGUUAAGAAUAUUGUGUAUACAUGGAUUGUUUUUAUGUCUAAACAGUGGUGUGAGGCUAACACUUGGCCAUCUAGUGGUUUAGUCAGGUAUUUUUCACCAUCCAACUUCAAAUAAAAGUUUCCUACGACUUGGAUUAUUAUUGACAGCACAGAAUAUCCCGUGAUAAAACCUAAAGCUCCUAGAGCUCAGGCAACCUUUUCAUCAAAUAAAAACAGAAACACUGAAAAUUCUUGAAUGUUCGACACCUGGUGGUUUAGUCAACUAUGUCUCUAUGUCACAUAGAGCGAAUUAUUGGACUUGGCAAAACAUACAAAAUUCUAAUAAAUCCUAUGAAUGGAACUGAAACAAAACUUUCAUCUGAAAUAACAUUUAAAUGUAGUUGUUUUAUGUUGUGUAAUUUUAGAACUUGUAUUGUGCCAAAGGAUGCAUAAAUAAAAGUGACGCAAUGAAUUUUGUUCUGAUAUAUAUAUAUUUACAAUUACAUGCACAUGUAAAUUGUAAUGCAUAUAAAAAUAAGGAGAUGUGGUAUGAUAUUCAGUGAGUUUAUCAAACUAAAGUGCAUAAGAAAUGGGUUUAAGCAGUUACAGAUGUUACUGUCACCGUACAAUCUCCAACAAUGAGAAAAACUUGUACCCUGUAAAAAAUUUCAGAGAUCUUACAACUAAGUUUUGUUGUCUCACCUUGACUUUGGUGAAUUUUUUAUAUCUGUUGAUGUAAAUAUAAAAAAGAAGAUGUGGUAUGAUUGCCAAUGAGACAACUCUCCACACAUGCACAAGAGACCAAAUGACACAGAAAUUAACAGCUAUAGGUCACAGUACGGCUUUCAACAAUGAGCAAAGCCAAUACCGCACAGUCAGCUAU